AUGCUACGUCGAUGUGUCGCUAGGGUCACUAGUCGACGGUACUAUUCGGAUCAGCAUGUUUACCAAAAGACUUUGAUCUUGCCGAAGACCAAGUUUCCAAACAGAUCCAAUUUACAGAAGACUUUAGAUCAAUUGAUACCACAAUCCUCGCAGGAUGUUUAUACCUCUCAGUUGAAAGAAUUCAUGGCUGAAGUCAUGAAAUUACCAGAUGAUGUGUCGAAACUCAAAAUGAUCAAAGACAAUCUAUUCAUACUUCAUGACGGACCUCCAUAUGCAAACGGUGACCUACAUCUUGGGCAUGCCCUGAAUAAGAUUAUCAAAGAUAUUAUAAACAGAUAUGAAUUAUCGCAAGGCAAAUAUGUUUAUUACAAGCCGGGAUGGGACUGUCAUGGUUUACCAAUAGAGAUGAAGGCACUUAAGGAUAUAUCUUCUGAAGGCGUGGCAUCGAUAUCACGAGGAAAGGUCCGUUCCAUGGCAGCAGCUCAUGCUACUAAAGCUAUCAAGGCACAGAAGAAACAGUUUAAACAAUUUGCUAUCCUAACUGACUGGGAGGAUUAUUAUAAUACAAUGAGCCCGCAGUACGAGAUAGAUCAGCUUGAAGUGUUUUUGCAGAUGCUAAAGCGAGGGUUGAUCAAGAGACAAAACAAGCCUGUCUUUUGGGGCACAGAGACCAGAACAGCCUUGGCGGAGGGUGAAUUGGAAUAUAAUGAGACCCAUAAAUCCACUGCUGCGUAUGUGAAAUUUCCGUUAACUUCUGAAUCGAAUCUACAAUUUUUGGAGAGACUUCCAAUAAAUGUGAUGGUCAAGUAUUUAGUGGAUAAAGAAAGAAAUGACACGAUUAAUUGUCUUAUCUGGACGAGUACACCUUGGACAUUAUUUUCAAAUCGGGCAAUCUGUUUCAAUGAACGUUUCAACUACUCUUUGGUGUUGCUUCAAGAUUCAAGUUUUAUAGUCGAGGAGAAUCUUCUGGAAAAUUUGAAACUUGACGAACCUUAUGAAGUUUUAGCAACAUUCCCAGGUACAACACUGACCGGUCUUUAUUAUACACAGCCAUCAUUACGAGAUGGAGUACCGCGUCCAUUACUAAAUGGCGACCAUGUGACAGGUUCGACUGGUACAGGUCUAGUUCAUACCGCUCCAGGACAUGGUUCCGACGAUUAUUUGAUUGGACUUCAGAAUGAUUUAGAUAUUUUUUCUCCUGUAGACCAUACUGGCCGCUACAAACUAGACGAUUUACCUCAACACCUUCAUGAUACUCUGAAGGAACCUGAUUCUGGCCUUCCAAGAAAAGUGCUUGAUCCUGCUACAGCUUCUGUCAUCAUUGAAGAACUCGAGAGGCUUGGCACGCUUCAUCACUCUCACGAAUACGUUCACUCGUAUCCUUAUGACUGGAGAUCCAAGAAGCCUGUAGUCAUAAGGGCAACACCUCAAUGGUUUGCAGAUCUACAUGACGUAAAGGGUUUGGCACUCAAUAGCUUGGGGAGAGUUAACUUCCAUCCUGAACGUGGACGGGCUAGGUUGAGUUCGUUCAUAAAAAGCAGAAACGAGUGGUGCAUCUCGAGACAGCGCUCAUGGGGUGUUCCUAUUCCAGCUCUUUACAAAAAAGAUGCACCCGACGUUGCUUUAAUGACUGAAGAGACAGUCACCCACAUUAUUGAUGUGAUCAGGAGAAAGGGUAUUAAUUCCUGGUUUUCACAGAAUGAAAGCGAUAUGGAAGAAUGGCUGCCAUCAAGUUUAAAAGGCGAAGCAGCGAACUAUUUUAGAGGCAAAGAUACAAUGGACGUUUGGUUUGAUAGUGGGACGUCGUGGAGUGUCAUUGAAAAGUUUUACACAGAGACUCUGAAGAUGAAGAAUCUACCAGAUGUCUUGGCAGAUGCCUAUCUGGAAGGCUCUGAUCAACACAGAGGUUGGUUUCAGAGUUCCCUGUUAACAAAAGUCGCUCAGUCAGGGUCCCCCAUUGCACCCUACAAGAAUCUCAUCACACAUGGCUUUACACUGGAUGAGAAUGGUGUUAAAAUGUCAAAAUCCAUUGGCAACACAAUUUCUCCCAAAGCCGUCAUAGAGGGCGAUCAAAAACUUGGGCUGCCAUCGCUUGGAGUAGACGGACUAAGGUACCUUGUAGCUCGGGCCAAUUAUACCACUGAUAUUGUUGCCGGUCCGACCAUUAUGAAUCACGUAGCUGAUGCGUUGAAAAAAUUGAGACUUAGCUUCCGUUUCCUGUUGGGGAACUUGCAGGUUGGUAGCCAUAAAUUGCUGUCAUGUGAAGAACUACGUCCUGUUGACAAGUACACGAUCGGAAAAUUGCAGGAACUAUUGACAAUUGUCAAACAAGAAUACCAAAAUUACAAUUUCUCAAAGGUUUUGACAACAGUACAACACCAUACAGCCAAUCAGCUUUCUGCAUUCUACUUUGACCUUUCUAAGGAUACUUUAUAUUCGGAUGCCAAAGAUUCUUUAAAGAGACAGCAAGUGCAGACGACGUUGUUCCAUAUACUGGACACAUAUCGCGCUAUUUUGAUGCCAAUUCUUCCGGUGUUAAUACAAGAGGUUUGGAACUAUGUCCCACAAACACUGAAGAACAGUGAAAAUGAGCUAGUCUCGCCAUUUACCAAGCCAUGGCCUAGUUUUCACGUCUCUGAACAGAUGAUAGAAAAUUUUGAAAGCAAUGAGCUAGCAAUCCUAAAAGAAUAUCAGGAUCAAUUUAAAAAACUCGACAGGUUGACGAAAUCUACACAGACAACAGUCACCAUAUACACCGAUUCCAAGACUUUUCCAUGCUCUGCUGAGGAAAUCAAUGACAUUUUACAGGUCGUCCACACAGAGAUUGUUCAAACGAGCCUUGACGAGGGUGUUGACGAUAUAUUUGUGCUACACGAUAAGACAAGAGCAAGACUGAUAGUGACGCCUAGCCCCUUGCACAAAUGCCCUAGGUGCUGGAAGCACAGCGCUCCAGCUGAGGGAGAUUUAUGUGAUCGCUGCAAUGAUGUCGUUUCACCUUAG